GUGUCGUGUACUAGACUCGACUUGAAGAAGAAUAAGAUGAAUAAGAGUUGAUGCCGACACUCACAGUGACGAACCUUUCAUAGUUUGUUGAAAAAUCAUAUUUACGUAACAUUCUCGCCGUUGUAACGUUGAAAGUGUGAAGUCAUACAUAAAUAACAGUUUUGAAAUAAAAGCAUGAAACGAGCUCACCAUUGGAUCCUCCAUCCCUUGACUGAGCAGCCACUUUGCAUAACAAGUAUUGACUUACAAGAUUUAUCAAAGGUAGGUUAAUAGAAAGUUUUACUAUACUGCAUACCAGUGAUUUGUAUUAUUUAUAUUACAAGACAAUUUGACACACUACCUCAUAAAGCUAGAAGACUGUUUUUUCGUUCUUGGCAUGAUACAACACUGCGACGGUAUAUCGACAUUUUCAUCGCGUUCCGUAGAUUUUUCUGCAGUGUAAUGAAUGAAUGUAAUUAAAAAUACAAGGUUUCUAAAAGGAUACCUUGAAAAAAAAUCAGUGUUCUAUGGAGGAGUCACAUCCAAGCAACCAUUGAAUAAAAAACCUGAUAUUCUACUUGAAGAUGUCUUCCGAAGAAGAUGACUCCUCUUCCAAGUCCAGUGUGCCCAGCAAGGACAGCAACUACGAGCAGUUCGAAAUACUUAAGUCCAAAUUUCUCGAAAUACUGGAAGACCGUUUCUUCGGGAAUCUGAAGCACAACUGGCGCAAAGGCGAGCAGGAAAAGCAAACCCAAUCGCUGCCAUCUUUCGAAAGCCUAAGCGAUGAGAGCGGUAGCUAUUUGAUACUGGAUGGCAAAAAAAUCUCAUUCGAUUGGUUUAGACAGGCAUUGGCGAAAACUACUCCGGAAAGGGAAGUUCUAGAAGUGUUGCCAAGUCAUGUCGGAUCCAUUGAGAAAAUCGAUUUCGAAAGCCCAUACAUGGUUGGCACCCCUGAGCAGAUGGCGCCACUACUGCAGGCUGAAGAUCGGUUCCAUACUCACAGAUCGAGGGCCAAGGAUGGAAUGCGGGACAGAUUGCUGGUAGAAGACAAAACAUUCGAGGAAGAAACAACGGGUAGGGAGUUCAAGCACCAUUCCAAGUUGGCUACGCAGUUUGAUCCGCACUAUCGUAGUGAGAUUUCGUAUCGCCCAAGAAUCCGGAACUUCACCAGAGUGGAUGCCAUUCACAAAAUGCGAGAAGCUUCACGCAACCAGUUUGAGACGUACUAUCGGAAAGAAUAUCUCUUUGAGAAAACCGAAGUUCAAAAAGCGGAGAAACAAUACCAUCAGCAGCUACACGAACGUUGCGCGGAGAUGAUUCAAGCUCUACGGGUUGUUCGACAGCAGCGGUUCAGCCAAUCAAUGCGAGUGAUGGACAAGGUGAAACCCUGCUACGAAGAAACGGCGCGGCUGGAAAAGGAACUUCGCGAUCGACAGCAGCAGAUGGUUGGGCUGUGGAAUAAGGUCAUCAAACUGGAGAGCAUUUGGGUUCGGCGGCUGAAGUAUCAGAACUUCAUGUACUUGAUCAUGCCCAAGGGUUGGCGCGAAGAACACGAUUGGAUCCAUAUGAAUGAGGAUGGUAAGCUCGAGGGAUAUCCUGAAUCGAUUUCGAAUCGAAACGUGGUGAACUUGAGAAAUCUGGAUGGGAAGAACGACAUUUGGGCGGUUAAGGAGUUUUUCGAAAGAGAGUAUGUCGAAAAGAAUAAGCCUGUACACGCUGCUUUUGAAACCAGUCAGAGUUUGUUAGAAGGGGUAGCGGAACUUGAUGUAAAUUCGAUAACUUUGUUGAAUCGUUUAAACAUGCUAAAUUGGACGAAAGUGGAAGCUGAGAAAAACACGAAGGAUAUUUUGAACAACUACAAUAAACUGAUCGGAAAUUUGCGAUAUUCUAUUCAAGAUUUAUUGGCUAAAAAGGAAAGCUACGAGAGGCGUUCUGCGGAGCUAAAGAAGGUGUUCCACGAAUGGGUAAAAGAUCCUCUACGAGAGUGCAUUUCAAGCGAGAAAAAUAGAAAUGUCGAGACACUUCUCUAUGUCCUCUACAAGAAUCUGCUACCGUUAGAUCAGAGACAAAAUGCCCUGCGUUUUUCUGGAACCGAGAGUUUCACCUACGUUUCCAACGUAAUCCUGCAGCUUUUGGCAGAGUUCGAUAAGAUUCCUUCGGAAGUGAUACAAUUCGUAGAGAAACGGGUACGAUUUGCGCACAUGCGGAAGAUGAAGGCAGCUGAACGAGCUGCAGAGGAAGAUCAUCGCCACAAGCUGUUGGCAAUUCAGCUGAAACGUAGUUUGGCUCCCCCUUACGUGAAACCUCCUCGCAAAGGGAAGCUGCCCAGGUCAAGACUCAAGAAGAAGCCUCCACCGAAGCCGAUAAGUCCGCCAAAAGAAACCAAAUUGGAUCGCAUUUUCAAGCUUGGCUUUGGAGAGCACGCCACAUUGAGUGAUACGGAGCGGAAGAACCUGGAGAUAGAUCUGGUCUACGGGAACUUCUGUUCGGUUCGAUUUGAACAGUAUCUACGUUCGAUUGGCUACGAACCGGAGUACGAUUUCGUGAGCAUGGUGGAACAACGGGACGGACCGGAGACGAAGUUCAUGAAACGUAAAGAAUUAAUACCGCUGGUGCUAAGUCGCGUGAAGAGGUGGGAAGCCUACCAGGAGAAGCUAAAGCAAAAACUACUCCUACAACAGAACGAUUAAGUUAGCAAACGAAGAUGUGUAUUUCAAUAAACUUAGCCUGAAACUGCA